CCUGCUGCGUUGCCUGCAGGUUCCCUACAACAUCACCGGUUGGCUGGAUAAGAACAGAGAUCCUCUGAAUGAGACGGUGGUCGCUCUGUUCCAGAAAUCCUCCAACAAGCUGAUGGCCGGGCUUUUUGAGAACUACGUCUGCUCUGAGACAGCCGCAGUGUCAGCUGGUGACCACAAGGGGGAGACCAAGCACAGGAAGAGGAAGGCUGCUUCUUUCCAGACGGUUUCACAGCUGCACAAGGAAAACCUGAACAAGCUGAUGGCCAACCUCCGCAGCACUCAGCCUCACUUUGUUCGCUGCAUCAUCCCAAACGAGACCAAGAGUCCAGGUGUGAUGGAUCCCUUCCUGGUGCUCCACCAGCUCAGGUGUAACGGAGUCCUGGAGGGGAUCCGGAUUUGCCGGAAAGGCUUUCCCAACCGAAUCGCUUACGCCGAAUUUAAACAGCGGUAUCGGAUCCUGAACCCGUCUGCGAUCCCGGAGGACUCGUACAUGGACAGCAGGAAGGCUGCAGAGAAGCUCCUGGGAUCCCUGGACAUCGACCACAACCAGUAUAAGUUCGGACACACAAAGGUUUUCUUUAAGGCGGGUUUGCUGGGACAGCUGGAGGACAUGAGGGACAGCCGUCUGUCCCACAUCAUCACCACGGUUCAGGCCAAGUGCCGGGGGAAACUGAUGAGGAUGGAACUUCAGGAGCUGAAGCUGAAGAGGGACGCCUCCACGGUGAUCCAGUUCAACCUCAGGGCCUUCUUCUCGGUGCGCACCUGGCCGUGGAUGAUGCUCUUCUAUAAGCUCCGCCCCCUGCUGAAGAGCGCCCAGGUGGAGAAGGAGCUGGCCGCUCUGAAGGACGACUUCGCCAAGUUGAAGGAAACGUUUGAACGGUCAGAGGUCAAGCGGCAGGAGGCCGAGCAGCGGCAGGUGGUUCUGGUCCAAGAGAAGAAGGAUCUGGCUCUGCAGCUGCAAGCUGAGCAGGACAACCUGAUGGACGCAGAGGAUCGCUGCAACCAGCUGAUCCAGUCCAAAAUCUCUCUGGAGUCCAAGCUGAAGGAGAUGCAGGAGCGUUUGGAGGACGAAGAGGAGGCGAGCGCCAGCCUGACGUCCAAGAAGCGUCACCUGGAGGACGAGGUGCUGUCCCUGAAGAGAGACGUGGACGACCUGGAGAUGACGCUGGCCAGAGUGGAGAAGGAGCGGCAUGGAGUGGAGAACAAGGUGAAGAACCUGACCAACGAGAUGGUCGUCCUGGACGAAUCCAUCGCGUCUCUGAGCAGAGAGAAAGCUGCUCUGCUGGAGGCUCACCAGCAGGUGCUGAUCGACCUUCAGGCUCAGGAGGACAAGGUCAACAUGCUGGCCAAGGUCAAAGCCCGUCUGGAGCAGCAAGUGGAUAACGUUGAAACCUCCCUGGAGCUGGAGAAGAAGACUCGGUGUGACCUGGAGAGAGCGAAGAAGAAGCUGGAGGGCGACCUGAAGCUCUGCAUGGACUCAGUGAAGGACCUGGAGAACCAAAAGGAAAAUCUGGAGGAGAGACUGAAGAAGAAAGACUCUGAGUUGGUUCAGUUCCAUGAGAGGCUGGAGGACCAGCAGACUCUGAGUGAUCAGCUUCAGAAGAAGAUGAAGGAGCUGCAGACCCGAAUCGAGGAGCUGGAGGAGGCGCUGGAGGCGGAGCGGGCGUGUCGCGUCAAAGCCGAACGUCAGAGGAACGACAUCGCCACGGAGCUGGAGCAGCUGGGAGAGAAGCUGGAGGAGGCAGGAGGAGCUUCAGCGGCUCAGGUGGCUCUAAGCAGGAAGCGAGAGGCGGACUUGCAAAAGAUGCGGCGGGAGCUGGAGGAGGCGGGGCUUCACCACGAGGCCGUAGCGGCCAGUCUGAGGAGGAAGCACUCAGACUCGGUGGCGGAGCUCAGCGAACAGAUCGACGCUCUGCAGAGAGUCAAACAGAAACUGGAGAAGGAAAAGACCGAGAUCCGACUGGAGGCCGACGACCUGGCUGUCAGCGUGGAGCAGCUCAGCCGAGCCAAGGGGACAGUGGAGAAGAUGUGCCGGGUGAUUGAGGACCAGCUGAAUGAAAGCCGGAGCAGAGCGGAUGAGCUGCAGAGGCAGCUGGCUGAGGUUUCUGCUCAGAAAGCCCGAGCUCUGACCCAAACUGCUGAGUAUGGCCGCCGUUUAGAGGAGCGGGACGCCCUGAUUGGUCAGCUGCAGCGCUUCAAGGCUAGCCUUAGCCAAGACACUGAGAAUCUGAAGAAGCAACUGGAGGAGGACAGCAAGGCCCGGGUUGCUCUGGCUCACGCUGUCCAGGCGUCCCGUCACGACUGCAGCCUGCUGAAGGAGCAGCUGGAGGAGGAGCAGGAAGCCAAAGCCCAGCUGCAGAAGGCCUUGUCUCAAGCCAACGGCCAGGCGCUCCAGUGGAGAGCCAAGUAUGAGACAGAAGCUGUGCUGAAGAUAGAGGAGCUGGAAGAGGCAAAGAAGAAGUUAGUUGUGAAACUGCAGAGUGCGGAGGAAGCCACCGAGGCGGCUCAGGCUAAGAGCUCCUCACUGGAGAAAACCAAGCAGCGUCUGCAGGCCGAGGUCGACGACCUGGCGGCUGAGCUGCUGCGCUCCAACGCCGCCGCUCUGGCUCUGGACAAGAAGCAGCGAAACUUUGACAAGCUGCUGAGCGACUGGAAGCUGAAGGAGGAGGAGGGUCAGGCGGAGCUGGAGGCAUCCCAGAAAGAGUCUCGCAGUCUGAGCACAGAGCUGUUCAAACUGAGGAGCAGCUAUGAAGAGGCUCUGGAUCAUCUGGAGACGGUCAAACGGGAAAACAAAAACCUCCAAGAGGAAAUCCUCGAGUUGACCAACCAGAUUGGAGAAGAAGGGAAAACCAUCCAUGAGCUGGAGAGAACGAAGAAGAUCCUCCAUAUGGAGAAGAGUGACAUCAGAGCUGCUCUGGAAGAGGCAGAGGGAACGCUGGAACACGAGGAGAGCAAGAACCUGAGAUUCCAGAUGGAGCUGCAGCAGAUUCGGAACGAGAUCGAGCGAAAGAUUGCAGAGAAGGACGAAGAGAUGGAUACGCUCAGGCGGAACCACCAGCGCUCUCUGGACGGCGCGCAGGCCAGCCUGGAGGCUGAGAGCCGCAGUCGCAGCGAGGCGGUUCGUCUGAAGAAGAAGAUGGAGUCGGACCUGAACGAGAUGGAGGUCCAGUUGGCGCACGCCAACCGGCAGGCGGCUGAGAGCCAGAGGAUCAUCAGACACCUGCAGACACAGGUCAAAGAGCAGCAGGCGGAGCUGGAGGAUAAAGUCCAGGCAGCCAAUCAGCUGCAGGAGCAGCUGGUUCUGUCGGAGCGCCGCAGUGCGCUGAUGGCGGCAGAAGAGGCGGAGCUGAGAGCGGCGCUGGAACAGACCGACCGCGUCCGAAAGACGUGUGAAAACGAAAUGCUGGAGGCGGCAGAGAGAGUCGGCCUGCUCAGCACUCAGAACGCGGCUCUGCUGAACCAGAAGAGGAAGCUGGAGACGGACCUGUCUCUGCUGACCGGAGAGGUGGACGAGGCCGUGCAGGAGAGCCGCAGCGCCGGAGAGAAGGCCAAGAAGGCCGUCACUGACGCGGCUCUGAUGGCCGAGGAGCUGAAGAAGGAGCAGGACAGCAGCAGCCUGCUGGAGCGGAUGAAGAGGAACAUGGAGGCCACAGUGAAAGACCUGCAGGUGAAGCUGGACGAGGCGGAGCAGGCGGCCCAGAGAGGAGGGAGGAAGCAGCUCCACAAGCUGGAGACCAGAGUCAGGGAGCUUCAGCUGGAGCUGCUGGAGGAGAGGAAGAGGAGCGAGGAGUUUCAGAAGAGCCUUCGUCGCUCUGAGAGGAGAGCGAAGGAGCUAUCGCUGCAGUCGGAGGAGGACAGGAAGAAUCUGCUGAGGAUGCAGGAACUGAUCGAGAAGCUUCAGGCCAAAGCCAAGAGCUACAAGAGACAAGCUGAGACCGCAGAGGAGCAGGUGAGCAACACCAGCGUCCGUUUCAGAAAAAUCCAACAGGACCUGGACGGUGCUGAGGAGAGAGCAGACAUCGCCGAGACGGCCGUCAACAAGCUGCGGCUCCGGACCCGCGAACACAGCGGCGCGGUGGUUCUGACGAGCGACUGAGGCGGAGGUUCCUCCUGGGACCGGGUCACUGUUUUCUCUCUGCUUUGGUUCGGUUUCCUUUUGCUCUUUGUUUUUCUGUAAUAAACCUUAAUUAUCGCAGUUUUA